ACUUUCAGCUUUGAUGCUUCCUUUUCAGAACGCUCCAUUCGGUGUGUAACUUACGUACGUAUGUAAAUAGAUUAAAUUAUCGUUAUUAAAUAAUUGAAUAAUACACGAGUUCAUCGAUUUCUUGCGGUGUGAUUUUUAUAUCUGCCACUAUUUAUUCUUAGGACCCGUGAUCCGGUGACACCGGAAUAUGAAAUGGCAAAAUUCGUAGCGUGUAUUGUAUUAGUUUAUUUAGGUGUAUGUUGUAAUAUAUUAAAUGCAGAUGAAAGUCAUGAUGAGGAUGUUAGGAAUGCGACACAUAAGCCACCUUACAAGAGUCCAGAACCUUCCGGCUUUGCUUACUUAGCAGAGCACUUUGACAGUAAAGAAAGGUUUAAAAACACAUGGGUAUUAUCAGAAGCAAAGAAGGAUGAUAUUGAUGAAGAUAUUGCAAAAUAUGAUGGAAGUUGGUCCACCGAAGAGCUGAAAAGACAUGCCGAGAAUGGAGAUUUUGGACUAGUGCUUAAAAGCAAAGCUAGACAUGCUGCCAUUUCUACAUUAUUAACUAAGCCAUUUUAUUUUAAAGACAAACCUUUGAUUGUACAAUAUGAAGUUAAUUUCCAAGAAGGACAGGAAUGUGGUGGUGCCUACCUUAAGUUACUCACAUUGGAUGAUAAUUAUAGUGACUUGAAACAGUUUCAAGAUAAAACACCAUAUGUGAUAAUGUUUGGGCCUGAUAAAUGUGGCAAUGAUCAUAAGCUGCAUUUUAUAUUCCGACAUCAGAACCCACUAAAUGGUACAAUCACAGAGAAACACUGUAAGAAGGCAAAGGAUCGGCUAGAAGACUAUUUCAAGGAUAAAAAUCCACAUCUGUACACUCUGAUUAUACGGCCUGAUAACAGCUACGAGAUUAAAGUGGACAAUAAAAUACUAAAUUCAGGUUCAUUGAUGGAUGAUUUUAUUCCACCAGUGAAUCCACCUCUAGAGAUAGAGGAUCCCGACGACAAGCAACCAGAGGAUUGGGAUGAUAGAGAAAAAAUCCCCGACCCAUUGGCGGUUAAGCCAGACGACUGGGACGAAGAUGCACCAGUGCAAAUUGUCGAUGAGACGGAUAUUAUGCCUGAGGGAUGGCUCGAGGACGAACCACCCACGAUAUCGAAUCCGAAUGCGGUCAAACCCGACGAUUGGGACGAUGUGAUGGAUGGCGAAUGGGAGGCACCGGAAGUAUUGAAUCCGAAAUGCGCCGACGCUCCCGGCUGCGGACCAUACAAGCAGAAUAUGAAGAAGAAUCCGCGAUAUAAGGGGAAAUGGCUGGCGCCGCUUAUUAACAAUCCCAAUUACAAAGGAAAGUGGAAGCCUAGACUUAUACAUAACCCCGACUACUUUAACGACGAACAUCCGUUCGAAAUGUUACCGAUUAGCGCUGUUGGUUUUGAGCUGUGGUCAAUGUCACCCGACAUAUAUUUUGAUAAUAUUAUUAUCACGGACGAUGAAGAAGUCGCGAGGAAAUGGGCGGACGAUACCUUCGAGAUUCGACGUGUUAAGAUCGCCAAGGAAAAUUGGAGCAUAUGGAAACGGAUCGUGAACUUUACCACGGAUCAUCCGUGGAUAUGGACAGUAUAUAUAUCAGUAUUUUUAAUCCCAAUAGUGCUGAUAGUAUAUUGUUGCUGCUAUGAGGAUAAUGUCAUGUAUCAGGAUAAAUCGGAAUCGAAAGAAGAGGAAGAUAAACAGCUCAUGGAUAUAAACGAUGAUCUCGCGGACAUCGCGAAAGAUGAAUUGCAAUCCCCGAAUCUUGAGCUUUCUGAUCAGCAGCCUAUUAUCGAAGAAAUAGAAGAUAAAGAGACUGGAACAGAGGAAAUAAUCGAGGGCGAUAAGGAUGCACCACUACUCAGUGGCGAAGGACCACGUCGAAGAAAACCAAAUAAAGAGUAAUACAAAAAAUUUUUAAAGAAAAUUAUUGCGCUGGUAUUUAUGUAAUAUUAUCACAUUCCACACUACACUUGCCACUGUGGAUAGUAGGGUUACCAAAUCACUAGUAAAGUCAGUCACUGAGAUGUGAUCAAUAGUAUUUAAUUCCAUGUCUAUAUAAGAGGGUACUGACACGACUUCGUAUAUAAAUUGUCACCGAUAUAUUUGAGGAAGCUGUUCUUGGAUUAUAUACGCUUUCAUAUGAGAAUGCAUAUACGAUGCAUCUGUAUUACAAAAAAAAAAAAAGAAAAAACAAAACAUUGCAAAAGUAUCGUCCAUUAGAGAACAGGAAAUGCUCUAAUAGCACAUGAUGUUUCUCUCUCUGUAUUUGUGUUUUUCUGAUUAUGAUCUUAUGAAGUGUUGUAGCGUUAAGAGAAUAGGCUCGUUUCGUUCGGUUCAUAGACGGUUCAUUAAUACAAUUGGGCAAAUAGAUGUUUGUAGAGAAAUCGACCGAUUAUAAGUGAAACAUAUGAAUAAGAGAGACGUGUCAUUCGAUACCGUAUAUACCGUAUACUUUAACUAUUAUGGUGGAGUCAAAUGUAGCUGCAGUUCCUAGGUAGCAUUGCCCGACAAUGCUGUACAAAAACGUGCAAACUAAUUUUUAUUUCACCUACAACUCUACGCAUAUACAGCCGUUUUUUCUUGAAUAUUAUAAAAAUACACGAUAGAAAAUGCAAAGGAGAUAGAUUUCUAUUCAUAGAAUCCCAUCUGCCUGAAACACAAGGACAUUUUUAUGUGUGCACACUGAUCUGCCACCAUAAUAGUUGAGAGAUAAAAUUUAUCUUUAUCAUUAAUUAUUCCAUAUACUAUUCGUCAAUUUCGAUGUGUUAUCGAGCUCUUUGAGUUAAGAAUAAGUCCAUCUAUAAGGUACAUAUAAAUGUAAUCAGGUACUACGUUAUUUGUAUCGAUUGAUCGUGAAAUAAAAUCCAAAGAGACAAAAAUAAA